UGUUCUCCCACAAUCCCACAUCUGUGCAGCCGAGUUCUUCUAGAAUAAGAGUCUCUGCUGGCCUGGCCGGCGUGUGUGCGCUGGCCCCGUGCCCAGAACCCAGCACAAGCUGCACUUCGGGGACGCCUGUUGCCUCCAUUUCCCAGCCGGCUGCAGCCCGCCCUGCCUCGUCCUGCAAUGCUCUCGCUGCCGGCCCUGCGCGUGGGCACCCUGGCCAGGAGAGGAGUCCUGGGCGCUGCCAGCAUCAGAGCAGCACAUGGCCAUAGCGGACAUGUGGCGACUCAAGAGGACAUGUCGGUGCCCCACUACUACGACAAGCGCAGCUUCCCGCUCCCCGACGUCCCGUACCACAAGGAGCUGGGCACGGAGCAGAAGGCCCUGAAGGAGAAGGAGAAGGGCUCAUGGAAGCAGCUGAGCAACGAGGAGAAAGUGGCCCUCUAUCACCUGAAGUUCAACCAGACCUUCGCGGAGAUGAACAGGCCAUCCAACGAAUGGAAGACAGUGCUAGGAGGCAUCUUCGUAUUCUUUGGCAUCACUGGAUUAAUCGUGUGGUGGCAGCGAAUCUAUGUGUUCCCCCCGAAGCCACGCACCCUGACGGACGAGUGGAAGGCGCAGCAGGUCAAGAGGAUGCUGGACAUGCGCAUGAACCCCAUUCAGGGCUUCUCCGCCAAGUGGGAUUACGACAAGAACGAGUGGAAGAAGUAGAGGGGCCGCCCUCUACCCCCCGCCCCGCCCCAGCCACAGCGGGCAGUGUCUGCACACUGCCAUUCCCAGAGCAAGGGGCCAGCGCUCUGGGGGAGAGCAGCUGGAGCAAAGCCACUCUUGUCUGGCUCCCCAACCCCCAUCCUUCGCGGGGCUGCCAGCCCCACCACCUGACCCCUCGUGCCUUGUCCGCAGCUCUCCCUCUCCUGCUCUGGGGCCUGGUCCUGGGCAGCGAGCUGCUCCAGUCUCCGCCCUGCCCCACUGGGGGAUCCGUCCCGUGGCCCGGCCUGUCUCUGGUGAAUGAGCAUUUGGCAUUGUCCAGUCCCUGCUCACAUGGAAUAAAACACUACAGUAAA